UGGGGCCCGACUGCUGGCAGGCGGCGGGAGGCUGGGGGCCGUGCGCCGCCCUGCUCCGGCUCGUCCUGUACCUGGGCUGCGCUGCGGCCGCCUUCGUGCUGGGAACCGUGCUCGCCCUUGUCUGCCGGAGCCGCCGGGCGCCGCCGCCCGACUUCCUCGUCGCCUGGAGCGGGCUGGCCGCCUUCGCCGGCCGCCCUCCGGAGAGUCCUGUGUAUGGAAACUCACAGGAGUCAGUUCAGUCUAGAAGGGUAGUAAUUUCUCAUAAUAUGGAUAAAGCUCUGAAAGAAGUGUUUGACUACAGUUACAGAGAUUACAUUCUCUCCUGGUAUGGGAAACUCAGCAGAGAUGAGGGACAGCUUUAUCAUCUGCUCUCAGAAGAUUUUUGGGAAAUUGCCAAACAGCUGCGCCACAGACUGAGUCACGUGGAUAUGGUUAAAGUUGUCUGCAGUGACGUUGUGAGAACUUUACUCACGCAUUUCUGUGAUCUGAAAGCUGCUAAUACCAGACAUGAAGAACAGCCAAGGCCUUUUGUGCUUCAUGCAUGCUUGAGGAGCUCAGACGAUGAAGUAAGAUUCCUACAAACAUGUUCUCGGGUUCUGGUGUUUUGUCUCCUCCCCUCAAAGGAUGUCCGUCUCAGCUUACGUAUAGUGCUUGCAGAAAUUCUCACAACAAAAGUCUUGAAGCCACUAGUGGAGUUGCUGAGUGAUCCCGAUUAUAUUAACCAAAUGCUGCUCGCCCAGCUGGAAUACAGAGAACAGAUGAAUGAACAUCACAAGAGAGCCUACACCUAUGCUCCUUCUUAUGAGGAGUUCAUCAAGCUGAUUAACAGCAACUCUGAUGUCGAAUUCCUGAAGCAGCUAAGGUAUCAAAUUGUAGUGGAAAUAAUCCAAGCAACUACAAUUAGCAGCUUUCCCCAACUGAAGAGACACAAGGGUAAAGAAACUGCUGCAAUGAAAGCUGACCUCCUUAGGGCCCGGAAUAUGAAAAGGUACAUUAACCAACUGACUGUGGCAAAGAAGCAGUGUGAGAAGAGAAUCAGAAUCCUGGGAGGCCCUGCCUACGACCAGCAAGAGGAUGGGGCCUUGGAUGAGGGGGAAGGGCCUCAAAGCCAAAAGAUUCUUCAAUUUGAAGAUAUCUUGGCCAACACAUGCUACCGAGAGCACUUUCGAAUAUACGUGGAGAGGAUGGACAAGAGAGCUCUGAUUAGUUUUUGGGAGUCUGUGGAAUAUUUAAAGACUGCUCACAAGAAUGAAAUUCCACAAUUAGUUGGUGAGAUUUAUCAGAAUUUCUUUGUGGAAAGCAAAGAAAUAUCUGUGGAAAAAUCACUUUACAAAGAAAUCCAGCAGUGUCUUGUAGGAAACAAAGGUAUUGAGGUAUUCUGCAAAAUCCAGGGAGAUGUUUAUGAGACCCUAAAGGACAGGUAUUACCCUUCAUUUAUUGUCAGUGACCUGUAUGAGAAAUUGAUGACAAAAGAGGAAGAAAAGCAUGGCCCACGGUUGAUUUCUGACAAGGAUGAGAUGGGCCAGGGAGGUGAGGCUGGUGAGGAAUCUGUAAAUGAAGGCACCAGAGGGAUUAACGAACAAGCCAGUUUUGCUGUAAACAAACUGCGAGAACUAAAUGAUAAACUUGAAUAUAAAAGGCAAGCUCUAAUCUCUAUUCAAAGUGCACCAAAACCUGACAAGAAGAUUGUUUCCAAGUUGAAGGAUGAAAUAAUUCUGAUGGAGAAGGAACGCACGGACCUUCAGCUGCACAUGGCAAGAACAGAUUGGUGGUGCGAGCACCUCGGCAUGUGGAAAGCCUCCAUCACCAGUGGUGAGGUUACAGAAGAGAAUGGCGAGCAGAUGCCCUGUUACUUCGUCAUGGUAAGCUUACAAGAAGCUGGCGGAGUUGGAGCUAAGAACUGGACAGUCCCCAGAAGGCUCAGCGAGUUUCAGAAUUUACACCGGAAACUUAGUGAGUGUUUUCCUGCUUUAAAAAAAGUCCAGUUGCCUUCUCUUAGCAAGCUGCCUUUCAAAUCUGUUGAUCAAAAGUUUAUGGAGAAGUCAAAGAAUCAAUUAAAUAAGUUUUUACAGAAUCUACUUUCAGAUGAAAGGCUGUGUCAGAGUGAAGCACUUUAUGCCUUUUUGAGCCCUUCUCCUGACUACCUCAAGGUCAUUGACGUGCAGGGGAAAAAACCCACUUUUUCAUUAGCCUCAUUUUUGGAGAGACUUCCUCGUGACUUUUUCUCCCACCAGGAGGAGGAGACAGAGGAGGACAGUGACCUGUCAGAUUAUGGCGAUGACGUGGAUGGGAAGAAGGACGCCUUGGCUGAACCAUGUUUCAUGUUGAUUGGGGAGAUUUUUGAACUUCGAGGAAUGUUUAAAUGGGUGAGAAGAACAUUAAUUGCUCUUGUUCAGGUCACUUUUGGAAGAACCAUCAACAAACAAAUCCGGGACACAGUGAACUGGAUUUUCAGUGAGCAAAUGUUGGUUUACUACAUCGGUGUUUUCCGGGAUGCUUUCUGGCCAGCUGGGAAAUUGGCACCACCAACCACAAUCAGAAGCAAACAGCAAAGUCUGGAAACAAAACAGAGGGCACAGCAGAAGCUGCUUGAAAACAUCCCAGAUAUGCUUCAGAGCCUUGUUGGACAGCAAAAUGCCCGCCAUGGUAUAAUAAAAAUAUUCAACGCGCUGCAAGAAACAAGAGCCAAUAAGCAUCUGUUAUAUAGCAGGUGAUGUCAGAGUCCUGAGACCCCACCUGAGAGUUCAUGGCAGAACAUCAGGCUGCCCCAGGAUGCAAGAUUUUCUGAUUUUCCAAAGAGUAAGGAUCAAGAAGGUGCAAGACAGAAACUAAGUGUGUGAAAGGCUUUGAGACAGGCCUGUAACAAGGCACAGAGGUAAGAGAGGAUCUGGGAGUGGAUCUCAGAGAGGGCAGUUGUGUGCAGCAUCAAGCAAUUUGUUUAGUACUCAGCUCUAGGGAAUGUGAAUUCCAAAACUGUGUCCAAGGGACGGCUCGGCUGCCCGAGGGUGGUCUUAGUUGUUACGUGCAUCUUACAAGUUUGCCAUUAACUGCUUUCUUACAAGUAGGACUCAACCCAACAUGUCCUUCUCCUGUAGGACUUCUUGGAAAAUGUUUCAAUCACUGAUGAUUAAAGAGAUCAAUUUUUGUAAACAUCUUUAAUUUUUAAAUUAAUAUUUAGUAUCUUUUACUUACUAGAUUGUUUAUUCCUCAGAUUAAAUGUGAGAACAUUGAUGUAUUCAUACUUGAAGGAUUUGGGCUUUAAUCUCAAGGCUCUCCCUCUGAGCUUUCAUGGUGCAAUAAUAAUAUUUUGUUGAUGUAGCUGUUUAUAGUAUACAAAAUACUCCCACAUCCGUGGUUUCCUUUGGAAGAGGUAGGGCGGUAGUGUAUAUAGACUCCCCGGCUGGUGCAGACUGCUAAUGCACUCGGCUGCUAACCUAAAGGUUGGAGGUUUGAUCCCACCCAGAGGUGUCUGAAGAAGAAAGCCCUGCCGAUCUACUUCCAAAAAUAUCAUCCAUCGAAAAA